AAAGGGAGACACACACACACACAGAGAGAGAGAGUGGUACACAGAAGGAGAGACACUGAGAUCUGAGACACCGAAAUGGGUUCGAAUCCGCCGGAGCUGAGCUUAGAUCUCAAUCCGGCGUACGUACCCAAAACUAUUACAAGUUUUCUUCGAGAGAUCUCGACGAUCGGUGACGUAUCUGAGAGGCUAUCGAAACUGGACGAGUAUGUAAAGAGGUUAGAAGAUGAAAUGAGGAAGAUCGAUGUCUUCAAACGCGAGCUUCCUCUAUGUAUGCUUCUGUUAAACGAUGGCAUUAAAGCAUUGAAGGAAGAAACAAUGCACUGUAGAGCAUCCGAUGUUAGACCUGUAAUGGAAGAAUUCAUUCCAUUAAAGAGAAAUUCGGACAACGAUGGAGGGGUGAAGAAGGAAAAGGAUUGCAGAGACAAGAAAAACUGGAUGAGCUCUGUUCAGCUUUGGAGUACCAAUGGUUGUUCAAGUGGUGAUCUUAACAACGACCGGAAACAAAAAUCGGUUGCAGAUGUGAAAGAGGGAGCCAAAGAAGACAAGUGUGUCGCUCCUGAAAAUCCGUUUCAGUCAUGUAAAUACAAGAGUGUAGGAGGAGGGGCGUUCAUGCCUUUCAAGGGUUAUAUCGGUUUUCCGGCACAGCGCAUGAAGGAAGAGGAGGAGGAGAUCUUAUCUGUACCUGGGCUUUCUCUUUUGACUCCUGGAAUUAAGACUCCCGCAACUGAAGUAAGCUCGGGUCUAAAUUCGAAGAGAACUGUUGCUUCGUCAUCAUCUAUUAGUGCUCAAUCAAAUUUACAGCCGCCAUCGACGGCGACGUCUUCGCAACAACAGACUUCGAGGAAGCAAAGGAGAUGUUGGUCACCGGAGUUACACAGGCGCUUCGUUAAUGCCCUGCAACAGCUUGGGGGCUCACAAGUUGCCACACCCAAGCAAAUAAGAGAUCUGAUGAAGGUAGAUGGUCUCACCAAUGAUGAAGUGAAGAGCCAUUUGCAGAAAUAUAGACUUCACACCCGAAGAGCUCCAGCCACUGCAACCCCAGUGAAUCAACCAGUAGUUGUGUUGGGAGGAUUAUGGAUGCCCCAAGAUCAGUAUGGGGGGGCCUCCUCAAAGCCCAGCACAUCACAGUCUGGAUCUCCACAGGGCCCUCUUCAGUUGGCAGGUACUACUGGAGGUAUCUCCACCACAGGUGGUGAAAGCAUGGAAGAUGAAGAAGAUGAAGAAGAUGAAGCAGAUGGGAAAUCUGAGAGUUACAGUUGGAAAGGAAAUCACCACAAGUCGGGUGAAGAUGUAUAGACAGAUCCAUCCUGCAUAAAUUUUGCAGAUAAACAACUGUGUAUGGAGAGUUUAGAUAUUCAGACAACUAAAUUAAAACGUACAGACUGAAGGACCCUCAUGAGAGACAGAGAAUGAGAAAGAAAAAAAAAGCAGACAGAAAAUCUGUGAAAAUUUUGCAGGUUUUACAGAUA